CAUUCAUUCACGCGCGAACCAUCCGUGAACUCCUGGGCGUUCUUGGCACCAAGAACACCCGGGUGAAUGGACAGCCCUCCGCGGAAAGAAUCCCGUCCUUCGGGGAGGGAACAGCUCCCUCCAAGAGCUGUUCCGAAGGUCUCUGACGACGAAAAGUCGACAGACAGCAAUCCUCCAGAGUCCGGCUCGCUAAUCUUGAAAGUCGCCCUGGUAGGAGGCUGCAUUCUCCUCGUUGCUGUUAUCCUUAUUGUUACCAGCCGAGAGGAGGAACUGCGCCGCAAUGCUACGAAGGGUCUCACCUCUUCUUCGCCCGCCUAUGAACAUAACGUCGAGAAAGAUCGUUAUGCUGGAAAUCCCACGUACAAUCCCACCAUAGCUGCCGCACGUCCAUCAGUAGCGCCACCUGUCGCGAGGGCCCUGCACCAAGAGGAAAGCAAGGUUUCGAGAACUGACAUAGACAGAAUUCUCAAGGAAGCCAUACCACGACUUUCUCCCCUACGCCCUAAAGGAGCCAGACCUCUUUUGUGCGUGCUGUCUCCAGAAGCAAGACACCCGCUUCAGUUUCCCAAGGAAUAUUGCACGCAUCUUGUUUACUCCGACGUCAAAUACGAUCCGCAAAAUGCAACAUUUAGUCCAGUUAGCGAGGCUACAUUUAAAGUAUUACAAGUGUUGGAGGGUACCACGGGACUCCAUAUCCUGGUGAACAUGGCUCAAAGGACACUGGAAGUCUUGGGUCCAGAAGCGAGCCGCUUCUCGAACAGUGUGUCAAGGUGGCUGACCUCCGUUGGUCUCAACGGUGUUGCGUUUCUCGGUCUGAAUCUACAUUCUGCCGCGCUUGAGACGUUUAUUCCCGUUCUUCGGUCGCUACAAGGCGUGCUUCGCCCGUCUAAGCUCGAGUUUGCCAUUGGCUUAACCAUCCAGGACUGGGAUGCAGCGCCGACGCUCAUUGCUCGAAGGCUGGCUGCUAUUGGAGAGCACGUCGACUUCCUCAUUCUGGAGACUCACUACCAAGACACCCUGAACGAGACUUGCCGCACGGCGUUCCCUUCAGUCUUGUACUCUGACGACCCCCAUACUCCAUCUGUUCCUAUUGCUCAAGCCUUGUCCUGGAUGACCAGCGUUCUCUUAGACCACAAGUCACAGAUGAACACGUGUUUUUCGCUGACCUUGGCGGCGUUGCUCUUUAAAGGCGCGGGCAGCACCCGAGCGGCAUGUAAUAGGAGUCAGCUUGUCAGCUACAUGAGGGUAUGCAAAGACCCCCAAUGGGCACCAGGUGCCUCAGUUGACGCAGACGCGUUAGCAGAGGCGCGACUUGGCAACGGCCAGGUUGAGUCUCACGAAGGCGCUGCUCUUCUUGCAGCUAAGGUGUCACGUGCGAUUUCCAUGUUCCCGCUUUCGUGCGUCGCAACCUACCACGUGGACAUGGACGAUUACGAAGGGGAAUGUGGAAAACCCUUCGAGCGUCUGGAGACCGUGCGCCAGGCACAAGGCCAUCCAACGGAAGACGAUGCCCCUCCGCCCCCUCCUGCGAUUCCUACAGGACACGAAAGAAACAACGAGGCUGCGCCACUAGGUAGCACAGACAGUGAAAGACGUCACCGCUGUAUGGCUCAAGGAAAAGACUUCACGAGGCCUUUGAUAUGUGUGCUGUCCGACCGAAUCUCCGUGCCACGGAAUUUCACGAAACAGCACUGCACGCACAUCGUGCUGUCCCUGCGACGAUAUCUUAAACCUGACGUUAUGCGAAACAUAUCAGCCGCUGUUUACCAGCGUUUGAGAGGUCCGGACAUCAAAGCAUUAGUCGCUCUGCAUGAGGACGUGCUGUUGAAUACGGAUGCCGAGAAACUUGCGGAGUCUUCCCCUGUGCUGCUCAGGGGUACACAGCUCGACGGUCUCGCUUUCCUCUACGUCAGUCAGUCAAUUUCGCAGCUUGACAAGCUCACUCUUAAGCUGCAGAUUUUGUAUAGUUCACUGAAGGCAAGCGGUCUCUGCCUGCUGCUCAGCUUACAGCUGGCCGGGUACAUCUCAGAGCCGAGAAUCGUCGACAAGACACUGCGUGACGUAUCGAAAAAUGUUGACAUACUCGUAGUGAACAGCCACUACCCCGGGAGCUCAAGCGUUUGUCGGGCUAUGCAGACCUCUGUGUUCAAGCAAAACUUGGAUUCCUGCGUCCCGGUCGUUGCUGCUGAGACAGCCCUGUCGUGGUUGAAAUUCAUCGCAUCUACUAGUGUAGACAUACCGUUCCUCUGUUUCUCUGUGGACCUGCGCGUAUUCCGUUAUACUGGCAAGACGCCACAGGGAUCGUGCGAUUCAGAGGAUCAGCUCCAAUAUUCUAAGGUUUGUUUCGAGAGGGGAUGGAGCACUGUAUACAACGUCACCACCGAUAGUCUAAUGCGACGAAAGGGAACAAAGUUAGAGACGUUCGACACUGCGUCCUCUUUGCGACGGAAGGUUGAGAGAGCCGUAGCAGAAUACCCGAAAGCGUGUGUCGCCGCCUUCAACUAUGACUUCGAUGACCUGAGUGGCCGUUGCAAGGACCAAAGAAUUGCCUCCGUUCGAUCCGCACUGGAUCGAGCGAGUAGGUCAGCAUCACAAAGGCUGCAGGACUACGAAGAACCAGUCUCAAUACAUGGGGAUUCGUCAGGAGUGGGCGACAAGCCCCUUGUGUGCGUCCUAUCUCGAGAAGGCCGGCUAACGGAGCCAGCUAUUCCCAAAGCUCAGUGCACACACCUCGUGCACAGAGAAGCAGCGUACGAUGCUCUCACUGGAACUCUCUUCGCCGAACAAUCUUCCCUAGGUCUUAUAACUAAACGGCCGAAUAUGAAGCACCUGGCAGGGCUGAGUGGAGAGGCCUUCCUCGACAGGCUCCUCAACGACCCACCGGCCGUCGUUGAGAAGAUGGCUACCAAUAUGGCCAUAUCGGCCCGACGAAUGCACAUCGACGGAGUAGCCAUCCUCGACUUUAAUCGCACGUCGAAGACUAUCGCUGCUUUUGCUCCUGCGCUUUCGAUUCUGCGAAAGUCAUUUUCACAAGACCUGGUCAUUAUGCUAGGACUAGAGGUGCUGGAUGGAUCCCUUCCAACGAAGACCAUGACAAAGCGAUUAAUUAGAACAAUUAAGCUCGCAGACAUAACGAUAUUCCAGACCCAUUAUAGAAGUGGCCGAGGCUACUGCCAAAUAUCGUACCCUUCCGUGUACGAGUACGUGGAAGGCAACCUCUUACCACUGACAACCGCUCUCGAUUGGAUGAAAGACUUAAAACUACCGCAUACCUGCAUUUCUUUCAACAUGGCUCUGCUGGAAUUCGACAGAGUGAACGCCACAAGUGAUUGCCGAAAAGUUUCUUCGAGAAGCUACUCUGAGACAUGUGAUAAUAGCGGGUGGAAGAGAGACGACGAGACAUCACAGUCCUAUUCCGCGGUUCGCCAAAAGGGUUCUGUUUGGCAAUCUUUCGAAUCCGUCAAACUCCUUGGACAGAAGAUGGACCGCGCAUUUGCUCGUUAUCCGGGUGCUUGCGUAGCCGCAUAUGAUAUCGACCUCGAAGACGGCACACAAGCAUGCGACACCCAUGGAAGGAGAUUUGCCCGACUCAGCGUUAUCGCAGAGAAAUACGUCAAGACUCAAACCAAGGGUCAUUUGACUCACCAGCAACUCCCUCAAAUCGAUCGAGGAAGUGCUUCCAUCCUUUCUGCGGAGCUCGUAGGUUCUCUACCCCUUCGUAGCGAGGACCCACAACCUCGAGGUACAGACUCCCCUACAACCUUGCAGCGUACGACAAGUGAAGGAGCAAAUCGUCCGUUUCUAUGCUUCAUGAGUCGUGAGUGGGAUGGACAAAAGCUACCCCCAAGUCAAUGCACGCACGUCGUCCUGAAGCCAAAGCCAUAUGGUAGCAUAGAUGCGGGAGACUUCACUGGACAACUGAAGCGGCAGCUGAAUUCAACAGUUCAAUACAUGCUUGCUGUGGAGCAAUUUAUGACACAGAACAAGACCCGGUUGGCACUUGCUGCUAGGGAGUUUAACGGCGUGGCCAUAAUCAAUAACCGCAUCCAUUCCGACUUUCUGAAAGCUUUUGGUCGUGCUGUGGCUGGAUUCCGUACCCUUUUACCGAAAGGCACGGUAGUCGUCGGCGUAGAAGUGAGGGAUUUUUAUCAGGACGCUGACGUAAUAGCUACUCGUAUGAAAUACGUUCGCAAGUACGCGGACAUAGUCAUCCUUCAGACCCACUUCAGGAAAGACCGGAGCUUCUGCCGGACGGCACAUGUGUCUAUGCUUGACUCGUCUAAUGACACCUGUAUUUUGUCCACUCCUAUUGUGAACGCACUCCAGUGGAUGCAGCGCAUGUCUUUCCCUAACACUUGCAUCUCCUUCAACUUGGCGGCCGUGAGAUUCCAUGUGACUCAAGGUCCAGGCGCCGGGAAACUCUGUCAGAGUGCGGAAGAGAUUCAGGACCUGUGCGGUACGGAGGCGUGGCAGAAGUCGGACGAGGAACUGUACGCAAUGGCUGCCAGCCGACACCGGGGUGACAUCUGGUUGUCGCAUGAGACGGAGACGCUCCUCCAGCUAAAGGUCAGCAAAGCAAUGGCGGCCUAUCCAAAGUUCUGUGUGGCUGCCGUAAACGUGGACUUUGAUGGGAGCAGUAAAUGUCGCGAAGAAGCGUACAGUCGUGUGAACGCAAUAGCCGCUGCUGCACGUUACAAUGAGAAAACUCCUCCUACUGCGCAGAAGGAGGACGGCAAGGCUGGCUCGCGUCCGCUUGGCCAAAGGCCCAGAGUAGCUCGUCAGAUCGGAACCAUGAAACAGGGCAGGAAGGUGGUCUGUGUCUUUCCCUAUGGUAGCGUAAGUGCGGAAGACUACCCGCAAUACUACUGCGACUAUCACGUUCAUGCAUUCACUGAGUACCAGACUAACGGAUCGCAUCUCCACACGGAAGAGGCGCUCGAUUGUAUCACGAAGUUGAAGCGAUCCGGAGUCAAAAUAAUAGCAGCCAUUUAUCCGGACGACUUUUUAGACCUUCUAAGCGAUACCAAAGACACAGCGAAGAUGAACGAUUUCCUCAUGAAGCUGGAUGUUUGGAUGUCCGAGCGUCAGGUGGAUGGAUUCGGGACUGUCUACUUAAGAGCAAACUCGAGUCAACUGGACACCCUGGGACAACGGAUCCACGAUUUAGGGUGCAUGUUGCGCCAUAGCGGUCACGAGUUCGUGCUUGGCAUGACUAUUGAUGACCUGGAGGACGCACCGCAGAACGAGACAUUCCAACGCCUGCUGCUGAUAGCCAGGUCGGUGGACGUGUUUAUACUAGAGACACACGUUGGCAUAUACCACCCAAAGAAGUGCAAAGUGUACUACGCAAGUACACUUUCAGGAGAGAAAGUACCACGCGCAAAUAGCCCCCCUGUCCGUACAGCGGGUUUCUACAUCAGGGAAAUGGGAGGAAUUGUCGACACUCCUGUCUGCUUUUCGAUGUCGAUGGCAGUGCGCAUGUACAAUACAAGUGGUCGUCCACACGUCAACGGAGAUUGUACCAGCUUUCGCUUCGUCAACUACAGCGAGACAUGCACAAGCAGCGAAUGGACCACGCCAAUCACCGAUAAUUCCGUGAAGGGAACGAGGAUGGAGGGGGAUGCAGCUAUGCUCACCUACGAGUCGCUGGACGACGUAGCGUUCAAGGUGACAGACCUGCACCAUUCGAGAUGCGUGGCCGCCUAUGAAGUAGAGGCUGACGAUCCAUAUGGUCUCUGCGUGAAAGGCUACAAAUUUCCACGGAUCCAUAAAAUUCACGAAGAACUAGAGAGGAUAGACGAAAACGAAGCAACAGCGAAACCGAAGCGCAUUUCUCAAGAUGUGCCUGUGCUGAUCUGCGUCGUUAGUGCCAAAAAGCCCGAAGUUGUUGCUCCUUGCGAUAUUUUUGUCUACUAUGGUGUUCACUAUAUCGGUGGCGAUAAGGUAGUCUUCGAAGAUAUAUCAGCUAGUUCGGCCUUGCUGAAAUUUUUGUCUCGGACCACAGCGGAGAGUCGCAUGAUCUCUCCGGUUGCACAGGGCAUUUCAUAUUACGUGGCAAUGGCCGUUAACAAACCCCAGAUGAAGCAGUUUCAGGACUCCACCAUUGCUUUCCUCUCCGAGAAGAAACUUCAGGGACUGGCGCUUCUGCGAUUGAAAAUGUUCGGCACAGAGACUGAUCCCGUGUGGCCCUUCCUACAAAAGUUACGCUGUGCUUUGACAGCUCACGGUUACAAACUCAUUGUUGGCAUGAGCCCUGUAAAUGACGAACCACGACGCAUCCUUUCGGAUAUCAGCCGCAUCAGCAGGGCCGUCGACAUGCUCAUCAUUGAAACUCACCAUGACCCCUCCGCAGUCUUCCAAAAAGGAGAGAGUUGUGUGGUUCGAUACCCAGCCACUAUGCGCGGCAGGCGUCAGACUGCGGGUGCUGUCCCCAUACACUUGGCCGUAGACUGGAUCAAUGCCCUGCCUAGCCCCCAGCCCGUGGUCUGCUACUCACUUUCCAUGGCAGUGCAUUCGUUUGGCGUCGAUUCUGGAGAUGCCCGCGUGGAAGACCCUUGCAAGGAUGGCGUGCUGACCGACGUUGGUUCGCAAUGCCUAAAAGAUACGGAAGCUGGGAGAUCUCCCUUGGCCAUCUCCAGUUACCGAUACAGGAAGGGGCGACUUGAAACGUUUGACUCCAAGGGUGACUUGCUCCUCAAGGUCGCUGCGGCGGACGGAUUAUGUGUGGCUGCGUACCAUGUGGACUACGACGAUACUGACGGUGCUUGUGGGAUUCCCAUGGAUCGGACGAAGAUGAUCAACGAGUCUCUUCACGAACUCGCGAAGGCUCGCCAGCACCGCGAAAGUUAUACCGAGUACCGGGCAGACGGGCUAGUGGGCGACCAACACACUGUGGUGUGCUUCUUCUCUAAUCAAACUAUAACCUUGAGGAACCUGCCGGUGGCAACCUGUGACUACGUCGUUAUCCAGCAGUUCACAUUAAGCGCGGAUUCGAUCACCUACAUCAACGCCCACGCCGUAGAGGACGACGUUCGAAAGCUUUCGAGGGAGAACGUAACAACCUUCAUGAUAAUGGCGCCAGCGGAAGGCAUCAUCGCAAGAAGGAAAGAAGGGGAAGACGUCCGCUCCACGAUCGAGAAGACUCUCGAUUACAUGAAUAAGACUGGAUUCCAGGGGGUCGCAUUCGAGUUCAGUGAAACCUCAACCAGCGAUUUCCAUGCACAAGCAAAGAUGAUAGCGGAUGUGCGGGAUGUAACCAGGAUCAAGGGUAUGAGCCACUACGAAAUCUUCAUGGUGGUGCCGUUUUCUGUACGAUGGCUCAUGUGGGCGCGAUCCGGCAUUCUCAGCCACGUCGAUAUGGUGAUCUUUAUUACCCACGAUGAUUCCAUAGACAAAGCAUGCAAGGUAAAGUUUUCCUCAAGCUACGAAGUGGCGAAUUUCACCAUCUCCAGUGUGUCGGAGGCUGCACUUCUGAUGCGGGAACUACAAAAGUCUGGUCGGGAUCUUCCUCGGAUGUGUUUCUCUCUGAGCAUGGCCGCGCUCAAGUUCGAUGUGGCCCACCCAGACUACUACGUAGGGGAUGCUUGUACAAAGAUGGAGCGAGUCCCAUAUGCAGAUACUUGUGAAGCAAUGGGUAAUGAAACUACCACCGAUGACUCUCUGUCUGCCUUCACACCUGCUGGACGUUCUCUGUUUACCUACGAGAACGAAGAAACUGUUGCUAUGAAGGUGACCUCAAUGUCUAGCUUCCUGCCCAAAGUAUGCGUGGCUACGUUCCACACGGAGAUGGAGGACGGCAAAGGGACGUGCGAGAAGCGCCCUAGUGGGUCGCGUAUGCGAGCCAUAAGGCACACCUUAGACAUACCGGAAAGUACGGCGAGCAGAACACGCAUCGAAAGCCCACUGAUAUGUGUCAUUGGAAAAAUGCCCUUAUUACCGGAAAACUUUCCUUGGCACCUUUGCGAUAUCCUUGUCUAUGCAACGGUAGUGCACGACAAAUACUUGGGUAUCCUGAGAUCCAUAUACAACCAGAGUACUCUGGAUAAUCUCAUCGAGUCAAAGGCUGUCUUUAUGCUAAAGAAUAUCGUCGUUGCCCUCGAUGGAGCCCAGAUUGGCUCCCCAGUGUACGACACCACAGAGACCCUGGAAGGUCUCGCUCGUAACGUGACGGCAUGGAUCACGGUGGCCGGCCUGGAUGGCGUAGCAGUCUUCACUAAUACACUAACUAUGGCAAUGCUGGAACGUCACACAAUCUUCAUGGAGAAAAUGCGCGCAGCUAUCGUUCAAAGACGGCUCGACAUGUUGCUUAUCUAUGGUGCACCAAUAACAGUGGGUUACAGCACCUGGCCGCAGUCAUUCAUCGCAGGCUUUGUGGACGUCGCUGUACUCAUCGUACACCUCGACAGCUGGGAAAAUGCUCGCUGUUACGCCAAUAUGCCCACAAUGUUUCAUCCCCUCUCCGAGCGUGAACAGAAGGACAUCGUUCUAAAGAAGAUCCACGGUGUCCGAGCAGUCACUUCCGUUGUACCGGGGAUCGCUGUGUCCAUCCAGUUGGCGGUGCGUCAGUUUCGCGCGGACAAAGAGGUGGUGAUGUAUCACGAAUGCCUCUCCGAAACAUGGGUCAACUACUCAAAGACGUGUACAGCACGUCAGACAAAACUGGACGAUUUCAACGGGGCGUUCCAGUUCCAGGAUUCCGUGACCGCGAGAUCGUACGAGACCGAGGCAUCUGUGCGGAUCAAGAUGCAACGUUACAACGAAUGGAUGAAGGGCAUGGGUGUUGCACUGUUCAACGCAGACUACGAGGUCCCUCAUGCCCCCUGCAGCAAAAUCAUAAUGGGCUACUCCAGGAUAAAUGAAGCAUAUCACGUGAUGAUUGCAAUUAAGCAAAUCAAUUCGGAGGAUUACCCAGUGACGCUCCCUCCGGACCCAACUACGACACCGGAACCAGAACCAACUGCUCGACCAAAUCAACAGUCAGACAAUAUGAUGAUAUGCGUCUUUGGCGAGUCCACCACCCAUAUUCCUGCGAACUUCCCCAUGAACUUGUGCGACUACGUUGUCCUUAUGACCCUCAGCUACCAUGGCCCCGGGAGUAACACUCUCAACCCCAUCAACAAGACGCUGCUCGAACAGUUCAUGAAACCUGCAAACCUGCAAGUCACACCUUACUACUGCGCCGGUCUCCUUCCACAGUCCUUUGACCGCAGUUGGCUCUCCAAUCACACUCUGCACCAACACUUCGCUGACAGAGUUGCCGUUUUCAUACAGACCAUUGCGCCCAAGCUGCACGGUAUCAUGCUGCAGUAUACGACCCUCGGUCGUGAAGACCCCUCACAUUUCUCCAGUCUGGCCGAGACCAUCCGUGAACGCAUCAAGAAGGUGCGUGACAGAAUCUACAUCGUGAUGGCGGCUGUGGUUCCACUCUAUCCCCCUUCCUGGUUAGAUAUUGCACGAUUUACACAGAAAUUUGACGCCGUGAUUAUGACAUCGCAUCGACAGGCGACGUCUGAGGAAUGCCGUGUUGUUCCACCGAGCACAUACCGCUUCGACAAUUUGCGUCUCGGCAUUUGGUCAUGGACGCUGAAAGCAAUGCUUGCAUUGCACUACACUCUGAAUGCGCAAUCGUGGGGCAAGACUGCGCAUUCCAUGUGCUUCUCUGUGAACCUGGCUGUCAUGGAAUUUCUCGUGACGAACGCCACAGCUGUCUUCGACGAUGAGUGCAGAAACGAGACAUGGACAGAAUACGCAAAGACCUGCCCAGCAGAAAGCGGAGCGACGAACGUCUCGUCUCGAAUGUUGAGUGCCUACAGACAGGUGAAAGACGUCUUCAGUGCUUUUGAGGAUGAAGGGACCCUCAGACAGAAGAUACUAGCAGGCUCCAUGUUGUACCCGAAGUUCUGCGUAGCAGCUUACCACGUCGAUCAGGAAGACGAAAAGGGUGCCUGUUCCUAUCGGCAUCCAUACUCAAGAAUGAGGGCUAUUCGGAGAGCGCUCAAUGCCAUAGUCUUUGAGAUACGAGAGCACCCUGCCAUUACCAAAGGACCUUUCUACGUGUAUGACCCGUUCAACCCUUCUCCUCCUCUCCCGGGAAAGAAGAGAGGUGUGUAUCCCUUCGACGGCAGACCUUCCAGUAGGAGGCAACAAAGCUCAGCACCGAGCAUAUGCUAUUUCAACGCCCCUUCGUCAGGCCUGCCCUGUGUCCCGAAAAUCUGCAGCCACUUGGUUUAUGAUGCUCCGAACUACGACAGUGCAAAAGGGACCUUCUCCAGCCAAGACGGAACGUGGGAGGCUGCCUUCAAGAACGCCACAGAGGACACCUUGGACCUAUUCCUUGGUAUUAAGUCGUACGUCUUGUUAAGCUACCAUGAAGAGGGUUCCGAUGCACUGGAUGCCUUCCUGAACUCCGUUGUCCACCUGGCGACGAUGGCAAAGGGAUUCCAGGGCGUCAGUGUUAACAUGCUGCGGACUAUGACCCCGUCUGAAAGGGAUGAUGUCCUGGAGAGUAUUCGAACACUGCGAGCAGCUUUGGACAGCGUGAACCUGACAGUGAUAUUGGAAGUUGGCCCAGUCAAUAUGGAGAUUGUUGACGUAAUACUUGAUCUUGCCCACGUGAUUGUGUUUGUGGGGAAUGUUGCCGGGAAAAACGACACCACGAUAUUUCCCGGUAGAGCGGCCCCCACAACAAUGUCAUCCAUGGAUGGACUUGUGCAGUUGUACGAGAAAGUGACCAAUAAAUCGUCAGUGUGUGUGAGCCUCAACCUGGCAGUCUACCACUGCACUGAUGAUGUCUGCAGCCGCACCAACUACUCUGAUACGUGUCAAUUGGAUGGCACCCCAGAACCUGUCUACUCUGGGGUGAAAGCCACGGUGGGGUCCACGAUCUACAUAUACGACGACGAAGUGACAGUCUCGUCAAAGCUGCACCACUUCCUACAACUGUACCCGGAAGCAUGCGUUGCUUUGCUGAACGUGGAUGCCGAGGACUGCGGACACGAAUGCGACAGACGGCAACCGUUCUCUCGGGUCGCUGAAGCUCGAAGAAUGCUUGAACGGAGUGAUAAUAUUACUUCAGUACCACCUUCGAAAGGCACAUCUCGGACCACACACAGCACAGCGCAGUCUACAAAGCCAUCGAUACAAUCGCCAUCCACAGUACCACCUUCGAAAGGCACAUCUUGGACCGCACACAGCACAGUUGUGCCAUCUUCGGGCCUACAAAAACCCACAUUGAUCUGCCUUUCUGGUCUGGACGCCACAGUGGAUGACGUGGCCCGCAUUCCCACUGCUCUCUGCGACUACACCGUGUAUCCUCCAGGCUCUUACGACUACGUAACACGCACCAUUAAGGCUACAAAACCAUUAGUCCAGCACAGUUAUGCUCGUCUCGUGCUUACGCUGGACUCGUCCACAUACGACGACGCUUGGGUUCCGGACACAACUGAGCUAGUCACCUUCACACGUCGUUUGUCUGCCGUUAUACGGGAUGACCGAUGGGCCGCUUUUGGCAUAUUCCUUACUGAUCCUGAGCAUACGGCCAAUGUAGUGACAGUCCACGGGGCUGUGGUAGCCCAUUUACUGGAAGGGAAAGAGCCGGCACCGUUCCACAUGAUUGUCGGCAGCGUUCCUCUUCGCGACGGAAGGUCAUUCUACGGUCUUGCCCUUGGCGCAGACCUGUUCAUCAUGAUGACUCAGCAUAUUCCGACGCGGCACUGCACUAUUGAACCUCCGACAAGUACUCCAGCUUUACAGGCCUUCGUCGCUGACAAAAGUCACAACGAUUUUGUCUCCGUCGUUCUUCGAUGGCGUGAGUCCAACCAACUACGUGCGCUUAUUUGUGCCCCAAUUAAUUUGGCUGUCAUCACUUACAAACUGCUGGGUGAGGACUCGCACAGCACGGGAGAUUACUGCCUAAGCCAAGUUUAUAAAAACUAUGCUCAGACCUGUGCAAAGACAUCUGGGACAACAUCCGUGGAUGCCAAUGCUGUCUAUUACUCGAAUAAAACGCACAUGACUACUUUUGAAAAUGAGGAAACGGUGCUGCUACGGAUGCAGGAAUAUUAUGGCAAGAUCCCUGACCCUUGCGUGGCAGCGUUCUGCGCCGACUGCGAAGACUCUACGGGCCUAUGCAAUCCAGCCUUCUCCAGACUGAACGCUAUACGAACUCGACUGGACGGAUACAGUGUGUCUGCCUCAACCAGUGGAACAACUGGUAAGAUCAAAGCGAGAGAUGCCAGCGCUACGGCCAGCGCUACGGCCAGCGCUACGGCCAGCGCUACGGCCAGCGCUACGGCCAGCGCUACAGCCAGCGCUACGGCCAAAGCUGCCACCACAGUAGCACCGGCGGAUCAGCCGACUACAACAACUGAGACUACCAGGUCGACGACAAUGUCAACCACAGAGGCCAGUACUGCAAGCACGACACAAACUACUCCAACACAUACUGCUAGCACGGUACCACCAUCCUCGGCAGCGCCAUCCGCUGUGACAGAAUCAACCGCAGAGACAGCUAAGGGUGAAGUGACAGCUCCGAGGUUCACAAGUGGUCCACUUGUUGGAAAUACCAUGCUAUGCUUCAUCUCCCCGCCUUUCACUGUCAUUGCCAACUUUCCGGAACAAGCUUGCGAUGUCAUCAUAUACGAUGCAAUCUGCUUGACAAAGGGUGUAAACAUUCAAAUAAUAGGUUCAGAGUGGCAGACCUUCUUAGCCCUAAAGAAAAGUCUCCAAGGCAAGCGCAGCAACGCAAAGUUCGCUGCGAACCUUGACAGCGAAUGCCUUCUGAACGCGACAAACACCGACAAGGAUCUAAUGGGAACUAUGGUCAUGAAUGCGGCGUCGAUGUUUCUCAUGUAUAACUUGGGCGCGGGAGCCGUUGUCGUCAAAGACAAGCGGCACGAAAAUUUGCUUCCGUGGGCGGUCAUAAUGCAACUCUAUCGGUCUGCUAUGAAAGCGGACGGAGUAGAUGGCGCACUUAUCUUCGGUGCCUCUCCGACCUACUUCACAAACCAGACCGUUUUGGAGACUAUUCUCCAGACUGUGGACAUCCUGGUCUAUGCCAACCAUCACACACUUCUGAAGGAUGAACCGUGUAGUGUGAGCUACCCAAGCGGCAUGUUCUUCGAGGGUCAUGCUGACCGUGCCGUGGAGAGCAUGAAACAGCACCAGGACAAGGUGAUUUGCAAGUCGGUCAACAUGGCUGUCUUGCGUUUCGCCUUAGAGGGAACGAAUGACACAUUUGGUUCCCCAUGUCGACAAGAGGUUAUGGACAACUAUGGCCAGGUCUGUCCUCCGCCGAGGAUCGGCGUGGAGGGGGAUCCGUCGUGGUAUCCCGUCUACUAUAAGGAUAAGUUUAAUUUGAUCACCUACGAAAGCGAGACGAGCCUCAAAGAGAAAGUGUUAGAGCUUCGAAAGUUAACCACUCGUGCCUGCAUCGGUGCUUUUCACGUGGAGUCCGAGGCGUCCCGUGGGGUGUGCCCGCACCGUGUGAGCUUCACGCGGAUGAAACAAAUGAGAGAGGCCUUGAAUAGUCCAGUGGAGUACGUUCCUCCGGAUAUACGGGGAUUUGACCAUGUGACGGCGGAUGUCGUUACAACUACUUCUGCAACUGAUCAUAGGAGGUUUGCGAAAGAACCAAGCAUACAGGCUCGUCUCGUCUGCCUCGUUGCCCCGCCAAUCAAGACGUUGCAGUAUUACCCGUCGUACUUGUGCGACUACCUCGUUUACCAGAGCUUGGAUUACGACGUUGCUUCGAAACGGUUGUCUAUAUCAGACGAUGCGUCUUGGACAGAGUUCCAGAAUCUGAUGAAGCCUCCUGCGACCAGGUUCAUCGUCUCCAUCGAGAGCCAGUCUGUUGUUAACGUGACGAAAGCAGGCGCCGUUGACAACUUCGUUCAUGUGGUACCAGUCUGGCUACAAGAGCAUCGGUUAGGCGGAGUGGGAGUGUUCUUCGCGUCCAAGGAAGACGCCCUUCUUACUUUCCACACUAUGAAGGUCCUUCGUGAGCGUCUUGAUCGCUUCCGGCAAGGAAGUUACGUGCUACUGCUGGGGGCGCCGACCACACUUCCCGCUGAGAUCGUGGAGUUGGCCGAUACCUUCGUGCUCGUGACGAUUCAUGUGCCUAGCAACACCUCGUGUAGGAUCAGCUAUCCAUCCGUGACCACGCAGAUGUUGUCACUGUCUGAGCCCCUACUGCUGGCGAAAAGCCUGAAGAAAAAGACGGGCAACACGAGCGUCUGUGUCUCCGUCAAUCUCGCCGUCCUCGUCUUCAGGCAGGAAGUUGUAGACCGAAACGUCGGCGCCGCAUGCAAGCAGGGUGCAGAGACAGACUACGCGGAGCUUUGUAGGCAGGUCGAAGUGAAGAUAACUCCAGACAAGGAAUGGAUGAGUGCUUACCUUCAGGCUGACGAAAACAACACGCUGUACACAUUCGAGACGGAGGACAUGUUGGACACCAAGGUGGCCUUCUUCAAGUCGUGGUUCCCGGAUAUUUGCUUCGCUGCCUUCCACACAGAACGAGACGUGUACGCGCGUCCGUGCCCUCGCAUACCACCUUUCUCGAGGCUCAUAAAGAUCGGAGAAAAGCUCUAUGGCGGCAGUCACGGCACUAUGGCUGAAUAAAGUAUAACACAUAUA